GAAAUAGAAUGUUUACGUUUCGGCAAAGUGUGCUAGCAUUUUGCGUGCAUAUCGCUUAUUGAAAUUGAUGACGGAGUUGGAUAAGGUUUUGCUUGCGUUGUAGGAAUUCCUUUGGCGCGUGAUUUGCUGGACGUUUACCCUCAAAAUGUUUUCUGGGCAUGAUGUAAUUGACAGUGUUCAUCGUGAGUAUGGUCAUGGAGGUAGAGAUCGUACAGUAAAAGCACUAAGAGAUAAUAUGCAAAUGUCACGAUAGAAUGCAUUAACUUGUAUUUAGAUUUAUGCAUACCAUGCCAAAAGAAAAAGAGUCAUCCUAAGAAGGGACUGGUGGUGAAACCAUUAGUAUUUACAGAGAUUCAUGCACGCGCACAAGUUGAUCUCAUUGACAUGCAGACGUGUCCCGAUCGUGAUUUCAAGUAUAUCUUAAACUAUCAAGAUCACCUGACAAAAUUCGUGAUUUUACGUCUUCUGAAAACAAAGACCGCAGAAGAAGUAGCUCACAUUCUCUUAGAUAUUUUUUUUAUUUUGGGUGCCCCUUCAAUCGGACAAUGGCAGAGAGUUCGCCAACCGCAUUAUUGAAGAAUUGAAAACCAUGUGGCUUGAGUUAUCUAUAGUACACGGUAAACCGCGGCAUUCCCAAAGUCAGGGUAGCGUAGAGCGAGCAAACCAAGACGUACAGAAAAUUUUGUUUGCGUGGGUGGAGGAUAACAAGACCAAUCGUUGGAGUGAGGGGCUUAAGUUCUGUCAAGUGCAGAAAAAUUGCGCUUAUCACACUGGAAUACGACAAACUCCAUUCGAAGUCAUGUUUGGUAGAAAGAAAAGCUCACGUAGGAAUACAGACUCUACCAGAUUCUAUAAAAAAGAUUCUCCGCACUGAGGAAGAAUUAGAAAGCACUUAUAUAGGUAAAUCUAUCAUCAGAAGAGAACGAAAAUACAUCUGUUGUUCCAAAACAAGACGAUUCCAACCCAAUUACAAAUCCCGUAGAAGAAAUAAAUAUUCGACAAAACGUUUUCACGGAUAUAAAAAUAUGUUGUAUUUGCAAAAAAGAAAGUUCUGGAGGACAUACCUGCUGUAAAUAUGGGCAAAUUGUACACACAUGCGCUGAUAGUACUAUAAGUACAGAAGAAGGCUUUGGAAGUACAGUGGUAUGUAUCCGCUGCGCGCAAAAAGAAUUAAUAACUAUAAAUAAAGAAAAGGCUAUUGAUGGAGCUCAAGCAAAUACUAUGAAACAAUUAUCCGAUAAAAAAUUUCCACCUAUUGAGGUGGGAAAAAUUGUUACUGUGCCUAUUCCAUGCGUGGAUAGAGCAAAAAGUGACGCUCGAAAUGCACUUGGCAUAAUAACAGAAAAAACCGGUGACGGAUUGUAUAAGGUAGGCACCAAACAAGGAACUAUAAAUACACUUUUCUCAAGGAAUCAGAUACAAAAAUGUAAGGAAAAUUUGAUUAAUGUUAAUGACAUACCCAAUAUAGAAUUAUCCUUGAGAGAAAUUAGUACCAAAGAUUCAAAGUUUGGAGGCCAAGGCUUUAUAAAAUGUAAUUGUAAUAAAAAGUGUAAUUCUAAUUUGUGCAAAUGCAAAAAGUCAAACGUAUUGUGCAAUUCUAAAUGUCAUAAAUCAACUGAUUGCCAGAAUAAAUGAUUCACUUAUUCUUGAUUCUUAACUUAUUGUCGAUUUAUGAUAUUUCGAUAAUUAUUUCUUUUUAAUUCUUUUUUACACUAUGAAUUUCAAAUUCUUUUAUGUUCUGUACUUUUGAAAAAUAGUUUUUCAUAUUGUCUCUAAUUUUAAAAAUAUUUCUUUUUUAUCAAUUAAUUUAAAAAAUAAUUAAAAUAUUUUUAUGUUUUGUGCUUUUAAAGAGAGUAUAUUUUAUGUUCUAAGAGGCUAAAUUUUUACCAAAGAUAUGUCUAUAUUUUAUAUUAUUAAUUACAGUAUUUUAUAUUAUGUUAAAAGUAUAUACCUAACUAACACUAAAUAUAGGUACUUUCUAAGUGUAAGAUGUUAUGUUUGAUGAUGCCAGAAUAAGGGAUUUACUUAUUCUUGAUUCUUACACUUAUUGUCGAUUUAUGAUAUAUUUCGAUAAUUAUUUCUUCUUAAUUCCUUUUUAUACUAUUUCAAAUUCUUUCAUGUUCUGUACUUUUCGAAAAGAUUUUUUAUAUUGUCUCUAAUUUUGAAAAUAUUUUUUUUAUAUUGGUUAUUUAAAAAAAUAAUUAAGAUAUUUUUAUGUUAUGUGCUUUUAAAGAGAGAUUUUAUGUUCUAAAAGGCUAAAUUUUCAUCAAAGAUAUGUCUAUUUUAUAUUUCCUAGUAAUUACAGUAUUUUAUAUUAUAUUAAAAUUCUUUUGUGUUCUGUACUUAACCAACUUAGCCCGUUUCUUACCUAACCAACACUAAAUAUAAGUACUUUCUAAGAUAUUAUGUUUACAAAAUAUUUUACCAAAGCUACAUUUUUAAGGAGAAAAAACUAUGUACAAGAGUAAAAAAGUAAAUAAAAAGCCACAUUAUGUUAACAAUAAGAAUAGUAAAACUAAUCUUGAUUUUAUUUGUUAACAGUCACAUAGUCUGAAUUAAGCCACACCUAGGAUUGACUGGUCAAAGUCCGAAGUGAUUUUUCUUUAGUUUCUAACUUUGACCAGCCGUAUUAGUUAUUUCUAGGAUUGACUAGUCAAAAGCCGAAACGCAAAACUUAUUUCGGGCUUUGACUAAGACGCUUGGUCGUUCCUGAGGAUUAACUAGUCAAUCCUAGGAAUGCCUGCGUUUCGGGCUUUGACUGUAACAUAUAUAUUAAAAUUAGGGAAUCUAGAGGCGCGGUCGCGACUCGCGCCUAUGUAGGAAAAGCGAGUCGCAGA